GCUCCUAUUUCAUGGUCUUUCUGAACACUGCCCAUGCUGACCACAGCUAUGCCGCAAAUUGCGACAACGUCGUGGGUAUGACCCUGGGAAAGAUCGCGACCUACGGCGUCGUUGAGCGGAUUUUGCAGCAGAACCUGGAAGGUUUGGCGUAUAUCGGCAAAGGCCCCCUGGGCAAGUGCUUGGAAGGCAUGACGAGGGUCAACGAAGGCGACCUGAAGGGCCUAAUCAAGGAGGAGCGCGCCGUCAAGCUCGGCAGCCUGAAUGUCAUCGCAGACAUUGCCACCGGAGGAAAGGCAGCUGCCAAGAAGCAGACGCUA